AUGGACUACCUUAUGGACCGAUACGUUUUCGACAACUUGCCGUUUGAUGUGGGACCGGAAGCUCGCAAAGAAUGGGGUCAACGAGCUCUUCACGCUAUUCAGUGGUUCGAUUGGAUCUGCAAAUACCAGGACGUCUCCCAAAUUUACGAGAAUCACACAUCAUUUCUUUUUGGUGAAAUCUUGUUCUUCAUUCUUGCCGGACUCACUUUUGCCCACGCCUGGAGAUCGGGAACCAGAUUCGUGCUUGUCUGGUUUGGAAUCCUCAUCCAUGCACUCAAUGUGGAGAAUCUGUGUUAUUGGAUUCCGGAUAUGGACAACUUCUGGCAAGCUCAAGGAAUUCUCACAUUCUUCGGAGCACGUGCACCACUAUACAUCUUGAUUGGAAUCUACCACAUGUUUGACUACACCUCGUUUGUUCUCAUGAGCAGACUUCACUUGCCAUGGUGGGCUUAUGGACCAGCCGUGGGACUCGGAGCGGUCAUGCUUGAUAUGCCUUACGAUAUCAUGGGAAUCAAACUGGUUUGGUGGACAUGGCACGAUACGGACCCAAACAUUUUCGACAGAAUGAACUGGGUACCAUGGAAUUCUUACUAUUUCCAUGCAUCGUUUGCCUGCUCAUUCACUUGGAUUCUGAUGUAUGCCAGAAGCAAAUUGGUCGAGACAGAAUACGACUGGAGAAAACUUCCAAGAGAGAUCCUUUGCGUUGUGUUUGCCGGUAUGGGAGCUUUCUGGCUAGGAACCAUUCAAUUCGCUCUCCUCUAUCACCCACUGCAUGAUAUUUUCAAGGUUCACUCCGAGUACACCACAAUUGCUUUCCUCUCCAUCUACGCUUUGAUUGUGAUUUUCGCGGAUCGUCAGAACAAAAAAGCAGCUGCCCGCAGUGGAAACAAGUAUUGGUUUGAUGAACUUGCUGCUGCUAUUGCAAUCGAGUAUCUAUUCUUCAUGAUUGCUGUUGUUAUCUCCGAUCCAGUGAAUAUUGUUAGUGAUGGGCUCCAUCAACCAAUCGGACCAUGCAAUGAGACCCAAAAAGUUCAAACUCCAACUGGAAUGGUACUCCAUAAGAAGAAAUACUUUUGUGUUGACAACUAUGAUGAGAAGUACAUUGAUUUCCAUUGUGUACCAGGAGGAGCUCCACAACAGACGGAACCAGACAUGCCUCUCGAAUGGUACGCCGUCUGUGGAACUGACUACGAGAACAGAGCCGAGUACAUCUUCAUCAUCUGGUUCAUUUGCAUUCUCUACGGAACAAUUUGGUACCAAAUUGCUGCUCGUUCUGGAGUCACACCAAAAGACCCAGUCAAAGUCUACAAAAAACGUGUCGCUGUCAAGAAAGAUACGGAAUCGAAGAAGACUAAGUAA